AUGAUGCUCUUCGUCAUUCUCCAAGUGCUCAGCAGCCUCCUGAUGUGGCUGUCACUCUACUGUGGCUUUAGGUUUUGGAAGAAACGCCGCACCCCAGAAUGGAGCUGCCGGCUGGUGACCCUGGCGCACGGCUUGAUCGUCACCUUCCUCUCUGGCUACAUUGCUCUGAUCGAUGGGCCCUGGCCUUUGACUCAUGCGGGCCACCCAAAUACAACCCUCCAGGUCUACGUUAUGUGCCUCAGCCUCGGCUACUUCGUCUUCGACCUGAGCUGGUGCGUUUAUUUCGGCGGCGAGGGGGAGCUGAUGCUCUCCCACCACAUGCUGAGCAUCAGCGGCCUGGUGACGGUGCUGCUCCUUGGCCGGUCAGCCACGGAAGUCAACGCCGUCGUCUUUGUGAGCGAGAUCACCAACCCGCUGCUGCAGGCCCGCUGGUUCCUGCGGGAGACGGGCUGCUACCCCAGCCUUGCGGGGGACGUGGUGGAUUUCCUCUUUGUGGCACUGUUCGUGGUGCUGCGGAUCAUCGGAGGAGCGUGGAUUAUGUGCGCGGUGAUGGCCUCGGCCCAGACGUCCUGGAUGUUGAAGAUGGGGGUCCUGGCUAUGUACGCCGUGUCCUUGGGAUUCAUGCUGGACAUCAGCCGGUUUGCCAGGAGGAAAGUGAUGAAGAAAUAUUACACUUGGAAAAUGGGGGGAGAGCUUCUGAAAGGCAAUGGACAUUUGCCCUCAUGUGACCCUACGCCGGCCUCUCCUCUCCGCCGGCCCGCCAUCGGCCUCCGCCCGGCGCUCGGGGGUCCUGGGAGCCGAGAGAGACGCCGGGCUUGCCGGGGGCGGCGGCGAGGCGGGGACCGGCCGCCGCCAGGCCUGGCCUGCCUUGGCGCGGCGGCCCCGGCGCCACCUCUCCAAAAGGGUCCCUCUCCAACCUCUCCAAAAGGGUCCCUCUCCAACCUCUCCAAAAGGGUCCCUCUCCAACCUCUCCAAAAGGGUCCCUCUCCAACCUCUCCAAAAGGGUACCUCUCCAAAGAGCGCGCCGAGCGCACGCCGAGGCCGGGGCGCGGCGGGGCUCUGCGAGGCGGGCCCUGGGGGGGGGGGUCCGCCCGGGGGCCGAGGCCUUUGGCGAGGAACGGCGGGGGCCCCGGGCAUCCCGGGCUGGCCAGCGAGGCCCCCGGCGGGGGUCCCCCCCCCCACGACGGGUUUCUCUCCAGCUCCGGGGGUCGGUCGUGGAAAGGCAAGGCGUGCGGCGGCGGCGGCGGCGGCGCUGAGCAUGGGCAGAGCGCCCGCCCCUUGCCAAGGCCGCCGCGCCGGAGGGAAGGGAGCGGGGUUUCGGGGCGGAGGGUGAGGCUUCCAGGCCAGUCGUCAAAAGCUGAUACUAGUCGUGAUGCAUAG